CCCUCCCAAACCCUACCACCAGCGAGUUCCCCCCUCCCGCCGCUACAGCCGUCGACCGACGACCCCGUACUAUCAUCUCCAGCCCCCGGAUCCACCCCGUCGACUCCUCCUCCUCCAGCUCCGGCCGACGCUGAUCAUCUCCAGCCCCCGGAUCCACCCCGUCGACGACUCCUCCUCCAGUUCCGGCCGACGCUGAUCAUCUCCAGCCUCCGGAUCCACCCCGUCGACGACGACUACGUUCCCCGCACGGCCGGCGACGAAGAUUCCGACCUCGGACGACGUGUCCCUCCCCAUCACGACAAUGGCACCAAAACGAGGUGGGAAGUUAACAGAGUCUGGUCAAGAUGAGACCGAGGACCAACCUAUGACUCAUGAUGAUUUUCUUAGUAUGCCUAGCUCUAAAUUUGCCCACCAAGAUAUGUGUGAUCGGAUUACCAAAUCAGUGGCAGAGAUAUCGUAUCACAACGAAAUCGUCAAGUUGUCCAGCGCAGUUUUGGAAUCACAUCGUGUUGACAUUUUUGGAAAUUAUAUAUCAUUGGCUGCCUUCUCUUAUAAUACCGCUCCAAAUUGCCUAUCAGCCUAUAAUAUUUGGCCAGAAUGCUACUAGGGGGCAGACCCUAUAUCUAUUUGAUUUCAGAUUCGAAACCCCAACAGUUACUAAAGGAAUCGUGAACUUUGCCGAUGAACUUCACUUUCUAUUGGGUGCUAAGGCUGAUCUUCUCUAUUAUUCUGGAGCUCUUGUAUUCGAUGAAAAUUGCAAGCUUGUUGGCAUAGUAUUUGAUCAUGAAGACAGUCUACUAUGUGUCCAGGUCAAUCACUUAAGGAAAUUGCUUUUGGACUUCUUUCCAGGGACAAAGUCUAUGGAUGGCUUUUAUCGGAAAUUAAAUGCUGCAAAGGACUUUGUGAUAUAGUCGGAUGAAAAAGAGGGGAAGAAGACUCAAAGGAAGAGGACUCCAAGUAAGAGGAGGUCAAGACUUGAACUAAAUCAAGCAUUUUGAGCUUUGCUAUGAAUGUAAAUAAGCUCUGCUACCACACUCAUCCCUGGCGCAUGGCAAUCCCCUGUCUAAGUACCACUUUUAUAGUAGUGUAUGUAUGCAACUUGCACAAAACUAGAAAAGUAGAUAUAAAUAAUUUGCGUGCAGUCGGAUCCUUUUAUAUUUUUCUGAAGCAUGCAUGUUGUCUGGGUACUGACGGAGACCAGCUACUGAGGAAAGUAUUUAACAAAGUUGCUCAAUCGCUAAA